AUGGAUUUCCCCACUGAGAACGAUGUCUCCUCUGACGCCCCUGAAGCAACAGAAACCGAAGAAGUUGUGAACAGUACGGAAAGUCCUCACAUUGCCCAGAUACCCUCAGAAUUUCAAUUUGCAGAAGCAAGAAAGGUGGUCCCGGUUGCGGAACUUCUCAAUUAUAUUCGCUCGACAUUCGACGAUGAAUCUGUCCUUGACUCGUUACCCGUUGAGGUCGCCGGAAACCCGGGAGCAUGGCAUGCGUGGAAAGCACACCGCCGGGGAACUGAUAGUUCUAGAAACUGGAAAAAGGGAAGUCCGCAGGCUCGGCAACCUGGAGAUUGGCAUUGGGAUGGAAUUUGGGCUCGGCGGGUACAUGACGAGAUUGAAGCCAGUCAUUCUGACCCCAUGUUAUUUGGUGGCGCUACCCGUGGUGGUGGAGAUGAGAUGAUACGGUUUUCGCGGUUGGACGACGCUACAAUGAGCUCAGUCAAGGAGAAAAUGGAUACAGAUUCACCCGACCUUCGUGGCUCCCACGGUGGUGUCGUUGCCGAGAUCGUCGGGGGAAACAAAAGAGGCUUCGAUCUAAUCUGGGAAGUUCUGUGGGAAAUCGAGAGACUGAAAUCUCCGACGGAGCGCUCGAGUAUGGACCGCCCGUCACUGGUCUCGAGCAUGUCUAGGGGAUUCGCGACCGAGGGUCCGGAACCACUUACGGUCAAGAGAUGCAGCGUCUCACGAAGUCAUAGUACCAGCUCGUCCUCGUCUUACCCAGAAAUCCCCGGCCGAAGUUCAUCACUCAUUGGAAGCAUGAGCGAUGGCUCCUGUGGGCCUGUAUCAUCAACUAGAACGCCUUCUCUCAGCGAUAGUCUCUACCGGAUUGAAGUCGUGAAACCCCGCCAACAUGGGCUACAUCCACGACGAGAUAUAAAUAGUUCUGAACUCUACUCGAUGGAUGACCCACUCCCAGGCCCACCCCCAAAGCACAGAGGCACUGGGCGCAGUAUCCACAACUGGUCGAGUUACUGUGCUGAGUUGAAGCCCGCGGCCUCGGAGCUUCAACGCUCCCUAUCGAAUUCCGAGACGUCAUAUUCGUCUAACUUUCUACACCCCAUGGAUUUGCCCAUCUCAGUUGUCAAUGUGAGAGCAGCCGCAAAUAGAACCCAUAUUGGAAAGGAGGCUACAUCAUUAUGGACUACGGUAACUGUCUCGGCCGAUGUUAGUCCUACGCCCUUCCCGGGAACCUCGAGUGUUGCUCCCCUGGACAUAGUCAUUCUUCUUGAUGCUCUGCGUCAACCAUCAGUCGAUCUUAUAACGCAGACUACUCUUGGUUCAUAUAUUCUCGCCUCUCACCUAACAUACAAUCACGACAGGAUUGCACUGGCCUAUGUUGGCGGAAAGGCCAACCAGGGGUUCCAGAUGUUGCUUCCACUGGGAUUCUACCCGAUUGAAGCUAUUCGGUCUGCGCUGAACACCUUUUCGCGGCGCCAGUUGAUCGACAAUGAAGCUUGUUUAAACCUUGGAGAUGUCUUUCAACGAGCUUCUAAUAUAUUUUCGCAUUCUCCUCGUGCAGCAUUUUGCCAUUUGUUCUUCGUCUCCGCAACGCCACCGGGGCACCUCCUGGUGCCUUGGAUUGACCAAGCGAUCGGCUUCCAUACUAUCACACCCCACGCAUGCCUACCACUAGACAAUAACAAAAGUCUGGCUGGCUGGCAUAUAUCAUACACCGUGGGGGAGUCUGACACGGGCCCCAGAGAAACCCAUUUCAUCCGCAGGAUUGCUCGAGUCGUUAGACAAUUGCGCACCGGAAUACGCACUGGCUGCAUUUCUGAUUUGAAGAUAUCUAUCGUCUCUGCACCUGGGUGCCAAAUCCAGUCACUCUUCGAGAACAUCACCUUAAUGUCUCUUCGGCCCGGUGAGACGUGGAGCAUUCCGGUUCAAAUUCGUGUACCUGGUGCAUUCAGGCAAUCAUCCCAAAUCGCACAAAAUGCGCCUUCCCAGCAACACCCCUUGAUCAACGAAAUGAUGAGUCGAAUCAAUUUUCUGCUGCAGGAUUUCUCUUCCGAUGAGAUUACACAGCCUCUCCUGACUGCGCAUGUAAGCUAUCAACAUUCGUUUUUACCAGCGCCUAGCACAAUUCAUGUCGACACUCAUCUUACUGUUAUUCGACGAAAAGAAACUGAGUUGAGCGCCCCUCGAGGUUGCGUGAAAGUGAGCAUGGCAAGCAGUGCGCAAGACAGUGACUUCAGUCCUAGCUUGAGCUCCUAG